AUGAGCAAGACAAAGGAGAAAUUGGAAAAGGUGCAAAAAGCAUACAAUCGAGCAAAGAUUGAAAAAUACUAUAUAUUUGCGAAGAAAUCGGAAAUAGUAAAGUGUUGCGGACGAAGUUGGGAUUACGUCUGGCAAAGCUCUCAGCUCAGCUCUAAAUCAGAAAAUGUGUUUUUCCUCUGCAAUAAGCUUCGAUGGAAAAUAUCCACCACCUUCCCUAGUCGGAAUGUUUUCAAAUGUGGGGAUAACUAUUACACGGUUACUCAUCCACGCAAAGCUCGGCAGGAAUAUAUUAUUGAAGUUUUUCACAAUAAUAACCAAGCUUCUUUAUUUCGGCCAAUACCAAUUACCAAACAAGAAGCAAUCGCGCAAGAAAAUGAUGCAAACAUGUCCAAAGCAGAAAUUGGUUUGAAGAUAGAAACUCUCCUUGAACAUAUGAGUGAGAGUGUUCAGAAAAAGUAUGGCGGAUUUAAAUCUUCACUCUGGUCUGAUAAGAUAAUCAAUGUAAUGGUUGAUGAGGAAGAGGCUAUAGAGACUAUCGAACAUCCUAUAAAAGGGAUAAUAUUAAGAAUAGAAUUUUACUUUUAUAUGGCGAUUGUACGAAGGACAAUAUAA